AAAAAGAAAAGACAAAGCCUUUCCUCUUUUCUUUUUUGACUUUUUUUCGAGUGAAUUAAUUUUGCUGUGUAUAACAAUAUGAGUUUGAGAAUAGAGAGUUGAGAGUAGAGGAGAGGAGAGAGAAGAGAAGGAGGAGAGGAGGGGUGUUGGGUUCUGAGUCUGAGUGAGAAUGAAGCCGCAGCAGAAAGUAAGUGUAUGUUGUUGUUUGGGUUUGUUGGUGGUGGCAUUGGCGGCUGCCUUGAAGGAGAAGGAGAAAGAGCAAGUGUUGUGGUCUAAGUCUUGGUUAGACUUAGCGGACAAAGAUGCGGCGGACUCAGCCUCCUCAGCCUUACCCACACAGACACAGACGAAGCCUCCUCUCAAUCUCAUGGUUCCCCUCACUCUCAUCGACUCUGCUGCUUCUAAAGGAGCUGUCUGCUUGGAUGGCACAUUGCCCGGUUACCAUCUUCAUCCUGGCUAUGGAUCGGGUGCAAACAGCUGGCUCAUUCAGUUGGAGGGAGGUGGGUGGUGUAACUCAAUCAGAAAUUGUGUUUAUCGCAAAACUACUCGCCGCGGUUCAUCCAAGUUCAUGGAAAAGCAAUUACCAUUCACAGGAAUAUUGAGCAAUAAAGCGGAAGAAAACCCUGAUUUCUUCAACUGGAACAGGGUCAAGCUACGUUACUGUGAUGGGGCUUCUUUUAGUGGAGACAGUCAGGAUGAGGCUGCACAACUUCAUUUUCGAGGGCAACGGAUAUGGUUAGCCGCUAUGGAAGAGUUAAUGUCCAAAGGAAUGCAGAAAGCUGACCAGGCUCUUCUUUCUGGAUGUUCUGCUGGGGGUCUGGCAUCCAUACUACACUGUGAUGAGUUCCAAGACUUGUUUCCCGAAACUACCAGAGUGAAAUGUCUAAGUGAUGCUGGAAUGUUCCUUGAUGCAAUUGAUGUAUCUGGUGGCCACACUCUAAAGAAUUUGUAUGCUGGUGUGGUUAGCUUGCAGGAAGUGGAAAAAAAUCUGCCAAAGACUUGCAUCGACCACCUAGACCCAACUUCGUGCUUCUUUCCUCAAAAUUUGGUUGCAAAUGUUAAGACUCCCAUGUUUCUUCUCAAUGCAGCCUAUGAUGCAUGGCAGGUUCAAGCUAGUUUAGCCCCUCCAUCUGCAGAUCCUCGUGGCUUAUGGGGUGCAUGCAAAUCAAACCAUGCACUUUGUAAUUCAUCCCAAAUCCAGUUUUUCCAAGACUUCAGGAAUCAAAUGCUCAAUGCUGUUAGAGAUUUCUCAGUGUCCACUAAAAAUGGUUUAUUCAUCAAUUCCUGCUUUGCUCACUGCCAAUCUGAGAGACAAGAUACAUGGUUUGCUGAUGAUUCUCCUGUUCUUGGAAACAGGGCAAUUGCAUUGUCUGUUGGAGACUGGUACUUUGAUCGACUGCCGGUUAAAGCUAUUGACUGUGCAUACCCCUGUGAUAACACCUGCCACAAUCUAAUGUUCAAAUUUAUCUUCCAGUUCCAUGACAUAUUCUCAAUCCACAAGGUUGUCUUUUACUGUGCUAAAUCUGCUAAGUGCCUUGAUGGUGCCCAUAAUAUGUUCCAGAUGUAUCAUGCGGUUUCAUUCUGUCAAGUGAGAACAGAUGCUAUCUCUGUCUCUCUUUGUGCAGAGAUUUUGGAAUUUUUUCGCUUCCAUAUCGUGGAUAGGAUUUAAUUUACUAGUUCACUGGUAUAAAUCCUCCAGCAUGUAUGAUAGGCCUGACUACGGCCAUUAACAGUUAACACAGAUUACUUAUGAGUUUUGAGAGAAAAAGCAGGGCUAAAAACAGUGCGUUUGUUUACUGUCCUGCUCCUACAGGGUUUCAUCCAAGUAAAGUAUGACAUUCUUUC